ACCCUGACGCCGUGACAACAGACGCCGCUCCUCGGUGCAUCAGUCCGGGGUUUUUUUUCUGUGAGACACCGCGGAGAAGAACCGGAGCGUCCCGGAGCGUUUCAACCAGUGACUCCACGCGAAACGACCUAACGUCGGUACUAAUCGUCUGGGUGUGAUGCCGUCCCCCCGCCCCCCGCCGCCUCAUCCAUCCCCCGGACAACGAGGCGGGAGCGCAGCCGAGAUGAAGCCCGACGCCGGGAGCGCAGUUUGAGCGUUUUGCGCCUCGAGUGGGGAGAACAGCUAGCGGCUAACAAGCUAGCCGGACCGCCCGUCAGACAGACACCCGGCCGAGGGGGGGGCUCGGACCCCGGAUCCGCUCGGACCAUGGCCGGACUCAUCAAGAAGCAGAUCCUGAAGCAUCUGUCCAGGUUUGCUAAGAACCUGUCGCCGGACAAGAUCAACCUCAGCACGCUGAAGGGGGAGGGCCAGCUCACCAACCUGGAGCUGGAUGAGGAGGUUCUUCAGAGCCUGCUGGACCUGCCCACCUGGCUGGCCAUCAACCGCGUGGAGUGCAACAAGGCCGCCAUUCGGAUACCAUGGACAAAGUUGAAGACUCAUCCAAUCUCUUUGACCCUGGAUAAAGUGGUGAUGGAGAUGAGUACCUGUGAUGAACCUCGUCCCCCCAAUGGCCCGUCUCCCAUAGCAACCGCAUCCGGACAAAGUGAAUAUGGCUUCGCUGAGAAGGUGGUGGAGGGGAUAUCUCUUUCCAUCAACUCCAUAGUGAUCCGGAUCAGUGCCAAGGCCUUCAACGCCUCCUUUGAGCUCUCGCAGCUGCAGGUCUACAGCGUCAACACCAGCUGGAGCAUCGGCGACCUGCGUUUCACCCGCAUCCAGGACCCUCAGAGGGGAGAGGUCCUGACAUUUAAGGAGAUAAGCUGGCAGAUGAUCCGCAUCGAGGCAGAUGCCAUCCAGAGCACCGAGCACGAGAUGCUGAGCGCCCCCAUCCGCCUCAUCACCAACCAGUCCAGGAUCCGAGUGACUCUCAAGCGGCGGAUCAAGGACUGUAACGUGGUGGCCUCCAAGCUGAUUCUGAUCCUGGAUGACCUGCUCUGGGUGCUGACCGACUCCCAGCUCAAAGCCAUGGUGCAGUACGCCAAGUCCCUCAGCGAGGCCAUGGAGAAGUCCGCCCAGCAGAGGAAGAGCAUGGCCACAGAGGACCAGGCGUCAUCAGCACCGCCCACAGCCCAGCAGGUGCGAACCCAGCAGGCGUCCACAGCCGCUGACCAGGGCGCGACCAUGGCCAAGCUGUUCAGCGCCUAUGAUGUAUGUGAGACGUCCCACCACCUCCAGAUCACACAUCUGGACCUGCACAUCUGUGAUGACAUCCAUGCAAAGGACAAAGUGAUUAACAAGAGGAUAACAGGAGGGGCCAUGCAGCUUUCCUUCAGCUCCAUCACUCUGGACUACUACCCUCUCCACAGAGCAGGGGAAAGUUGUGCCCACUGGAUGCACUACAGCGAAGCCACUAAGACCAGGGAGGGCUGGGUGCGGAACCUUCUCGACGAGUUCAAGUCCAACGUGGAGAUGUUAAAGAGUGCAGUUCGAGACCAGCCAGGCGCGGACCCUGCCCACGGCUCCCCACAGCAUGGUAAAAUAAACACCUGCUCCACCAGUUCCUUCAGUCCUCCUCCCACACAAACCUCCAAGACCCAGCUCAUGUCCAGCUCCAUCGUUCUCAGGGUGGCUGACUUCAGCAUCUAUCAGGUGUCGACGGCCGACCAACGUCGCUCCAGCCCCAAAACCAUGAUUUCCUGCAAUAAGAAGUCCUUGUACCUUCCCCCAGAGAUGCCAGCCAUCCACGCAGAGUUCACGGAGUACUACUUCCCUGAUGGAAAAGACUAUCCCAUCCCAUGUCCCAACCUGUAUGCCCAGCUGAACGCCCUGCAGCUGGUCCUGGAUCCUCGCAGCCUGGUGUGGAUCAACCUCUUCGCCCUCGACCUCAGGCAGAGUCUGGAGCAGUUCAUGGAGAUUUACAAGCUCAGCGACUCGCAGAAACCUGAAGAGCAUGUGGACAUCAAGAUCGACGGCCUCAUGCUCAAGCUGGUGAUCCCCACUGACAGAGACGCCUCCUCUCCUCCUGACCUGCCUCGCUCCAUCUCUAUACAGACUUCAGAGAUGGUGGCCACUAACACCCGGCACCCGGCCAACUGCACCCGCUCACACCUCGAGGCCCUGCUGCAGUCCUUCGAAGAGGAGCCUUUCUUCUCUUCGUCUUUCUCCUCAUUCCCUCGCUCCUCUUCCUCCCUACCCCUCCUCCAUCCCGUCUUCCAGCUUCACGCGCACGAACAAGACACCAAGCUCCACGAUAUCUACCGGGGCCUGGUGGUGCCGACGAUGGGAACAAACUCCCUGAAGAUGCCGGCCGCCACAGACUUUUGGGCGCUGCACUUCGCCCAGUUCUGGGUGGACUAUGAGGGCACCCGGGGGGGCAAAGGGAGACCACAGCCUUUUGUGGACUCCUUCCCCCUCACGGUGUGGGCGUGUCAGCCGGCGAAGCUCCUCCAGCACCAGGAGAGGCUGAGAGCUGCUGCUGGAUCAGGUCUGUCCCCGAGUACAUCCGUAGAAUCUGUUGCACGCCAGCAGAGGAAACGCUUACUGAAGGAGUAUUACACCACUGAAGGUGCAGCAGCAUCAUCUCAAAGCGUUGAUGCUACCCCGCCCCCCAGUAACGGACUCCAUAAGCCCCUCUCAUUGGACAGUCUGCCUUCCUCCUCUUCAUCAACAUCAAGUAAAGAUGCAGACGUGCAUGUGUUGGUGCAAGUGCAGAAGCAUUUAAGUGCUCAGGUGAGCCACCGGCAGUAUGUGUUCCUGAUGCAGCUUCAGCGCAGCAUCAAGGCCCUGCAGCAGACGCUGCAGCAGGACCUGGAGGCGAUGGGCUCCAAGAGGGAACGCAAGGACCUGUCUCAGUGUCCUGCCGACCACCAGCCCUUCACCGUCUGCCUGGGCCUCCUGCUGAAGAGCGCCGAGGUGUCCCUGCUCCUGAAGCCCGUCGCCCAGCCCGAAGGUUCACGGUCUCCUUUGGUGUCGGAGCUCUCGCCAUCAGAGAGCCGAGGAACUCUGGAGCCAGGCAGCGAUGCGGGAGAGGUGGCAGAGAAGAGGGAGAAGGGGAAUGAAGGGUCAUGCACUGUAGACCAGCUGUUAUGUGGUGAAGGCUCAGAGAGCGCGGCCACGCAGGGUCCUGCCCCCCUCGUCCCCACCUCCACGACCACUAUGCCCCCAGACUCCAAUCACAAAGCCUCACUGGAGGAGAGGAGUUCAGAAGACGUUGGUGAGGGGCCGGUGGACGGGUUGACUGUGGGUGACGGAACGGGGGUUGGACUGGACUCAAGAACCCACACAAGUGACCCUCUGUCGGACCCGAUCAGCAGCAAAGACUGGAGCGACAAAGACAAAGCUGCAGCUGCUAAGAUGUCUCAGUCAAGUUCCAGGAAAGGAAGUUUGUCUGUGGUUUCUGAUCUCCUCAGCUCUUCAAACUCCAGCAGAUCCACCUCCCUUUAUUCCAUGUCCAACAUUGGUCGUUUGAUGCGCGAUCGCUCUCAGUCCAGUUUCUCAGUGUCCUACAAGAAUAUGAAGAAGAGCCCUUCCCUGCAGUCGCUGGACAACAUCUCCAUUGACAGCUACCUGAUGGAGGACGGAGACGCGUACAGCCUGCUGGAGAGAGAUGACGUGUCCAUGUCGGGCUUCAAGGAUGCCGUCAGUGAGCAGAGCGCCACAGAGAGCGCCGCCGAGGCUGCGUUCAGUCAGGAGCAGGAGGGAGGCGUGUCCCCCGAUACGGUCAGCGCCACCUCCCAGAGCAUCGACGAGCCCAUCAAAGAUAUAGUGUCGGUGCUGGUGCUGAAGGUGCGGUCGGUGUGCGUGGGCAUGGAGGUGGUGGGCGAGAGCACGGCCGUGGCUCUGGAGGUGGGCCAGGUGAUACCGAGCCAGCUGGGAAACGUCAGCCUCAGACAGUACCUCAGCAACCGCAGCCUGGGUUUGGUGGGUUCAGUACCAAUACCUGCUCAAAGCAGCCAAGGUGGCGGCGAGUUCGGCUCGGCGUCCCUCGGUUGCGCUCACAGUCCGGAGGUGCAGGCUCGCCUGGAGAGCGGGCCCUGCGCCGCCGCCCACUCCCCGCUGGCCGAACGCAAUGGCUUCCUGCAGCUGCGUCUCAACGGAUACCAAGCCAGCUUCCUGAUGUCCACGAUGCGCAACCUGGCGCACUUUCUGGAGGACGACUCUGCGCCGCAGGUGCUGCCCAUGGAGAUCAGCGUCAGGAACACGCAUAUAAACCUAAAGGAUGAGGGCCCCCGAGACAAUCCCUCCGACGCUGAGCCCUCGCCCAUCACCCUACACGUGGAAAGUCUCAUCAUACACAGGAGAGACGAUGGUUCUUUCUCUAUAGGAGUGGACGCAGCAGCGGAGGCCAAACCCAGAAAAGAGGGCGGGGUGAUGGACAGCUCACUGAGUCCGGCCCCUGAGGCUGUGGGCGGCGUCUGCAGCGUAUCAAAGGCUUCGCAAACCCAAGCCCCGCCCCCCAGCCCUCCUCCAUCAACCAGGGAAAAGAUGCUGACGGACGAGAACGAGUGUUUGAAGGUGGAGCUGUCGCGAGCCAAGAUGGCACUGGCUGAGGCUCAGAUGGAGAAGGACUCGCUGGUUCACCGCAUGAAGAACCUCAAAGUCAACAGCAGCUAGGUCCGGCUCUGUCCUCGUCUACCGCGGCAGAGAAAGACCCACACGGACGAGCGAGAGCGAGGCUCGGCAGAAUGAUUCAAGGCAACCUGAACAAGUCAAGAAAAAGGGAAAGCCGCUCCCUCUACGCGCUUAUUUGUCGAUUGAGUCUCCAUGUGACUUUAGACUUCAAAAAUAAUUCCUCCAUAAAGCAAUGCAGAGUCUGUGGGAAGACUCAAAAAUACACAGUUUUACUCGCUUGUUGUCUGUUUGAUGUUCUCCACUUUGGACUGUGGAGGUUCGGAGAGUGGAAACGGGAGGAAUGACAUUUAGUCGGACUGUGUGUGUGUGUGUGUGUGUGUGUUUGUGUGUGUUUGUGAAAGAAAAAGGACGAGGAUCUGAAUCUGGUUGUGCCUACAGGAAGUCCCUCCCACACGUCUGUCCUCUAAGUUAAUACGGAGCAAAAAAAAUAAAUCACAGCUAAUCGUAGACGAGCUUUAUUUAGAUUGUGUGUGUGUGUGUGUUAAGCAACACUGAAUGUCGAAUCUUCAGAGGAAUGUCUCAAAAAAAUAAUUUUGCACUGCGCUCAAAUGAAACUCGUGUUUUAGCGCUUUCAUAUUCCGAGGGGACGAGACGCGCUCUCACUCGUCCUCCGAGUGUGUACAGUGUAUAUUGUAUAGGAAUUUUCUACAGAACUUUGAAUGGCGAUGCAGUGUUUCACUUGAAUGUGUGUGUGUGUGUGUAUCAGCCGGAACAAGCAUUUCAUUACUAUAAGAUGAUGAAUUUCUCUCUGUCAGUUCUCGCCCCCGCACUCGUCCGCGUCCAUCCUCCUAUUUUUCUACGUGUAAAUAGCCACGAAACCUUGCGGAGCACUUUUAAAAAAACAACGGAGGCACUGUAAACGCAACAAUCAGAACAGACGAGCCGACGAACGGCGAGCAGUUCAAGAAAAGUCACACGUAGACUGUAAAUAAAGAUGGAGGACACGGCAGCGAAAAGUGAAGCCAGAGCGCCUCGUUUCUCCCUCUGGUAUAACUCCUGCCUUCUCCAUGUUAGCAGAUGGGACAAAGAUGGUUUCUGUAAUUUUAGGCUCCGAGGCUGCACAUCGGCACAAGAUGGCGGCGUUCAUAUCUGGAAUGUUUUCUGGACAGUGGGACGAGACGCGUUGUUCAUCUUUAUUUACAGUUUAUGAAGUCGCCCACGUGUUUUACUUGGUGGAAGAAAAAAAGAGGCGUAAAUAAAGGCACAUUGAAGGUGACUGACGACGUGUGUGUGUGUCUUUAUGUUAAUUCCUAAUAUUAAUAAUGAAUA